AUGGCUAGAUUGUUAAGUGCUCCCUGCUUUCUUUGUUUCGUCGCAUUCGGUACUUGCCUAUCGGUCAACAAAAAUAGAGAACAUCAGCAGAGAGCAAAGCGUACUACUCGGCGAUCUGAUCUGACUACCUUAUGUCCGACGAGUGACAACGAAAUUCCACGAAACUGUCAUCAUGCUCUCCAACUUGGCAACUCCCAUAGUGGUGUCUAUGAAAUCGACCCACGUGAUGGCCACGAUUCACUCAAGGUCUACUGUGACAUGAAGACGGACGGUGGAGGAUGGACUGUAAUACAAGGAAGAAAAGACGGAUCAGAAAACUUUUAUCGCACUUGGACUGAAUAUGAAGAAGUUGACGUUACUCUGCGAAUUGAUAUGAUGGCACCCGAUAGAAGUAAGGCAUUUGCUAGAUACGAAGACUUUACUAUUGGAAACGCGAAUUCCAAGUACGUUAUGUACAUUGGACGAUACAAUGGAACAGCAGGUGACGCGCUAUCGAUUCACAAUGGAAUGAAGUUUACAACCAAAGACCAAGACACUGACCAGCAACAGCAGGAACUGUGCCCAAUUGUUCUCAGGUGCUUGGUGGUACAGAAAGUGUCAUAG